UUUGGGGCUCUCGCGAUCGUUGGCACGAGCAGCACACGCACCUGCCCUACUUCACAGUGAGUGGCUCGAAGAUCACCGCGCUGCAACAAUGCCAAGAAGCAGAAGAGGGUGAUGAGGCGAGUCGCCGUGUGACAGUGGAUCUGCCGGCGCGCUGCUCUAAUUUGCCAGGGUGGAGCCGAGGCAACGCCGCAGCCUCUGCGAAGCCUCUGUUCAAUACCCUCCAUCCUCCUGCGCAGCCUCCACCUCAUCGUGCGCUCGGCUCCAACCUGGCGGCUCCUGUUGAAAUCCGGAGGUGGCUUCUUGUGAGCGCUCGCCUCCCCGACGGCCUCAUUGGAUCGACGGGGCGAAUCCGACGUUGGCAGUAAGAGAAAGAGGAGAAGGAGGAGGGAGAAAAGGAGGAGGAAGGAGAAGGGAGGGGGGGGAAGGAAGGAGGAGGUCCGCUGGCCGCGGACCUCCCAAGCCCCAGCCGGCGCGGCGGCACCGUGCGCCUGACGCUUAUGGCAGCGCACGCCCGGACUCGGUGGCGGCCCGAGAGUCUGACCUGCUCGAAGGGGCCCAGGCCGAGGCCUCCCCCGACGUCCGGCGGCUUGAAAUUAUCCUGGCGAUGGACCCAACCAUAUGCAGUUACGAGUACCGCAAAGCAGGUUGA